AUGCUGCGUGGUUUCAAUCUUCCUGGAACGUUCCAGGAUCAGAACGGCUGCCUUCCAGAUAAUCUGCACGAGGACGUGCUUCUGCGCAUUGAUGAUUUGGAAACAUCUCUUUUUGAUGCAGAGGACAACCUCGAUUUGAGCGGCCUGAAAAAGUCUUUCAGCUGGGCUCGGUUUUGCUUACGUGUGGCACGCUUCGCCCAGCGCCGUGAACAGGAGUUCAAGGAUGUUGUUGCGUCUCAUCCGAGGAUCGACGAUGUGCAGGAUCUGUUGAUCAAGGCUAUCAAGCGUCAAAGGAGACCAAAUAUGGCAGAAACUCCAAGUCGAUCAAUUCUUGCAGAUUCAGUCUACGAUUCACCCUCUAUCACAUUGAACGCCACUCCACAGGAACGGCCUCGUGCCCAAGAGAAAGGCAGCAAAACCCCGCUUAAUGAAAUGACAGGCUCUCGUGAAGCCGAUCGUACGGCACUUUCUCCCCAUGUCGCAACCCCCCGAUCGGAUCCGAAGCCAACGACUUCAGAACUCAAGGGCGCCAAUAGACGCAAGUCGGGUAAAGGCAUCUGGCGGAACCCUGAUGGAAUGGAUAUGCUAUCUUUCCUCGCAAAGAAUAUCCAGUCUGGGCGGCAAGCAGAAAAAGCACCCUCGCAGCCACCGCCAACCCGGACUCCACAGGGGGAGCAUUCUGCUCGUCCAGAGUCACCUCUCGGCUUAGGUAUCACUGCGGACAAGGAUGAAAUUGCCGGAACACCAGAGCCAGAACUCGAGCCGGAACCAGCUUCCCAUCAACCGGUAUCAACACAGAGGCCCGAGACAUCUCGUCAAAGGCCCGAAUCGUCGCACUCAAAAGACGAGCAUACCUUACACAGAAGUUACUAUGACUUUGAAAUCAGUCAGCCCAAUCAAGAAGAUAUGUCCGCGAGUCCCCGCGGCUCUGAACGGAUCAACCGAGUCAGCCACCGUCCAAGUCCGUUCUUUGCUUCUCCCUCUGUGGCUCGAGGCAAGCAAGCAUGGCCGCAUCGUUCACUGCUCGACCCCCAGCCCACCGCAUCCAAGAUUUUCUUCUCCCCCGGCGAUUCCGAAGAAGAUUCCCAUCUUAACCAAAGACAUCGGGAGCCUUCGAAGCGACCAAGCACACAAAACCCGCCUGCCAGCCAAUCACAUUCGCGAAAGCGAGGACGCGGAGACUCGGAUGAUGAUUCCAGUGAUGACGACGAUUUUGAUCGUGACACCCGCACCCACGACGUGUCUGCACGGAGAGCCCAAAUAUCGACACGGACGCACCAUGGCGAGAAGCGGCAGCGAUUAGAUGUCGAGACCCAACGCGGGUCAGUUGAGCUGCUCGAGGCUACCACUGCUAGUCAGUCAUCACCUCGAUCACAGCAAGCGCGGUCUGCAAACCAGGAGGCCUCUUCGACUCAACCACCUCGAAAGGAGUCGCGCUGGCUCGCCGAGAAUUCUUUGCCCAGUACGACGGAUCUACCCUCUCUCAGCACAUAUCCUGCCUACAAGGGACGACGAAGAUGGUCGGACGAAGAAGAUGAAAGAUUGCUCAUGCUUGUGGCGCGAUACGGCACUCAGUGGGCGGUGAUUCAACGCCAAGAUCAGAUAUGUCCUGCCAGUGAGGGUGGCUCGAAGCUUGGAAACCGCACUCAAGUCAACAUGAAAGAUCGUGCGCGCACUCUCAAAAAAUACUACAUCAGAUGCGGCCUUCCAUUGCCUCUGAAUUUUGAUCAUGUUACGGGCUGA